UGCGCAUGCGCCUCCACUGAUCGGUGAAUGUUGUGCCAGGAGCCGGGAGGUGAGCGCUCGCUGCUCCGCGGGCUCGUCCCUCAAGGCUUCAUUCAGGUCCGUCGACCUCAAGAAAGAAAACAACAUUAUUUGAUAAACGGGGAGAUGAGCACCGCCCUGUACGUCCUGUCCACGGUGACGGGCUACCUGCUCACCUCCGCGCUGCUCAUGAAAUGCCCAAGUCUGCUGCACCGGAGGAAGAGGGAGGCGUUUCGCAGCCGGCACAUUUCCCACCGCGGCGGAGCCGGUGAGAACCUGGAGAACACCAUGGCCGCCUUCAGGCAUGCGGUGGACCUGGGCACCGACAUGCUGGAGCUGGACUGCCACCUGACGAAGGACGAGGAGGUCGUGGUGUCACAUGACGCCGGCCUGCAGAGGGCGGCCGGCGUCAGCGGCCACAUCGCCGACAUGCGCUACGCCGAGCUCCCUCCAUACCUCUGCAAGCUGGGCGUCACUUUUCAGAGAGAGUGUUUCUGUGAGGGAGGCGAGGACAAGCGCAUCCCUCUCCUCAGCGACGUGUUUGACGCGUUCCCCAACACGCCCGUCAACAUCGACAUCAAGGUCGACGACGACACGCUCAUCAAGAAGGUGUCGGAGCUGGUGGUGCGGUACCAGCGGGAGCACCUGACCGUCUGGGGCAAUGCCAACAACAAGAUCACCAAGAAGUGCCACCGGGAGAACCCUCGUAUCCCCGUGUUGUUCAGCCUGCCCAGGGUGCUGCAGCUGCUCGGUCUGUUCUACACCGGCCUGCUGCCCUUCGUCCCCCUCAAGGAGCAGUUCCUGGAGAUCCCCAUGCCCUCCAUCAUCAACAAACUCAGGGAUCCUGACAGACUAACCAGGAGUCAUCGACUCGUCGCCUGGAUGGCCGACACUUUGCUGAUGAGGAAAACUCUGUUUGAUCAUUUAACUGCCAGAGGAAUCCAGGUCUACAUCUGGGUCCUGAACGACGAGGAGGACUUCCAGAGGGCCUUCGACUUGGGGGCCACAGGAGUCAUGACUGACUUCCCCACCAGGCUGAAGGACUUCUUAGACAGGGAGGGUACGUCUGAGCCCCGGUGACCUUCCAACACCUACCUCAGGCCCUCAGGCCCCCAGCCCCCCCCCUCCCCUGGAAUGCAGACACCUCCACUGUAUUUCAGCCGCUCUGAGCUGCAGCGGCUGCAGGACCCGGAUGCUGUUGUGGUGACGAGCGCCUCACAUUGUAAUCCCAUUACAUCUCCUGAAGGACGCACAUCUGUUCCACAUGUCCAUCAGUUGUUCUCUUGGUUCCCUGACACACAAGAUCAGAGGGACAUGAAGGGAAAUAUAGACACACGAACACACACACACACACGACUAGGUAAACGAAGCACAAAGAAAUUUCAAGUCUAGCACCUUCUUCAUUGGAUCUAUGAAGUUGCCGUUGAAACGCAGCCUUGAAUGUCGUAUUUAAUUAAUGCCUUUUAAAUAGAAACUAAAUAAGUUUUAAAGAUUUUUUGAAAGCUUUAAAAUAAGAGAUAAAGCACAGGAGAUGCAGCUUUCCUUAUUAUUUCAGUCUGGAUGUCACUGAGCAACAACACUCAGCUCUGAGAUUUAAAAAACGAUUUCAUUGAACAUAUAAAACACUGACAUUAAUACCGGCGUGCAGACACGAGUUGAGCUGCUGAGCGUUCUGCCGUCUUUUACGAUGUUUAUUAUGUUUAUUAUGUUUAUGUCUCUUACACUUUCCUCUGAAUCAAAGGGAAUGGCUGCAGCUGUUUGUCCAUUAUUAAAUCUAAGGGAAGUAUUUUUGCACAAAAUGAAACUUUUUAGUUGUAUCAGUGAUGAUUUGCACUGUUUUCUACUCGGGUCAGAACUCCAUGUUUAAGAAAUAUGCUGAUUUUUGAAUGUAUGAGCUUUAAAUGAGUAUUGUAACUCCCGAUACUUAACCUGUCGGUGUGACGGUAUGGAGAUGUAAAUAUGAGGUUUAUCAUCCCGCUGAUGUUCUGUUGUCCAGACUCGAUGGUGAAUGUAGUUUUGGGUGAGUGUCUGUCGUUCUGUAUUUCAGUCACAACAGUUGGUUUUAUUGUCUUGAGUGUGUUGUUGGGCAUUAGUCACACAGGGAAAUCUGCACACUACUACAUCCAAAAUCAUUGAUCCACCAAUCAUAUUCAGAUCUGAAUGCAUUAGUGAUGUGUUGAUGUUGUUGCACUGAGCUGGUUUUGCAUGCCGAAAUUAAUUUGUUAUUCUUUGUGGGACUAAACGCCUUUUCCCUCAAGGACGAAGUUCUCUGAUUUGAUGAGAUUAUUGAAACAAAUAUACAUUUUUAUUCAUAUGAAUAAACAUAAAAAUGUUGUUAUAAAAUUGUUUUUGUAUUUGUAUAAUAUUAACAGCUUUAUAAUUAUGUGUUUCCCACCGUAAUGUAUAUGGAUCUGUGUGUAGUGACCGUAGACUGACAGUAGGGGGCGCUGUAGGCUGAAGGGAGUUAAGAGGUUUUCCCUGAAGCGGGAAACUUAAUGACGCUGCAAACGUUUAGUUCAUUAAAACAAUCCAAGCGACUCGUUUAACUCGGUCUUUAAAGAACCGGUGAGCUCCUCGCGCCAUAAAGCGAGUCGUUUUACAUUUAUGGAGAAUUCAGCUAUAAAAAUAAAAAGUCCAGUAAUAUAAUUGGUCACGAGCUUCCUCCCUCCAGCCCCUCGACCAAUAAACUCAGUGUUGCUGUGCGCUAUCUGUUUGCUGAUUGGCUGAUACAGCUGUCAGCUGGUUAUCAAGUCCACCGCCAGUGAGACGUUUGCCAAAGAUCGUUUAUUCCACCGUCAAGAUGGUUCCCUCCUCCGGAAUGUCUGCGACUGCGCUGUCGUGUUACGGGAAAAGAGUUUUUACUAAGUUCCAGCGACCAAUUGAAGGUCUCACCGUUUAGUGAGUGAGUUCUGAUGGUCUUCGAUCUUCUGUAUGUUUGCACAUAUGGAAAAUUGACAAAUAAAACUGACUUUGACUUUGA